GCUCCAUCCCCCUUUGGGCUGCACAGUGUUUGCUGUGAUGGGUGUCAGUAUUGUUUUCUAGGGAAACGAAACUAGAAACUAGAAACUCAAUGAUGCUAAAGUGAGACCUGAAGCUGCAUCAGUACAACAGUUGAGCAUCAGACACAUGGGUGUUUUCUGAUUGUGUGCCAUAAAACCACCUGUCUACCUGCCGACACAUACAGCUGAGAAAACACUAAAGAUUAAACCAGAGAUGUUGCGAGGAAGAAGUUGGACCCCAGCUUGCAUCCUGCUUGUGGUGAUCACAUUAUGCAGCCUAACUGCUCACUGCCAAAAUCAACGCAAAGGUUCUACACACCUGAAAGACCUUAGACUCAUUCUAGUUGGAAAAACUGGAUCAGGAAAGAGUGCUUCUGGAAACACCAUCCUGGGGCGUGAAAAUGCCUUUCAAGAGGCCAUGUCACCUGAGUCUGUGACUAAAGGCUGUAAAAGAGAAGAAGUAAAAAUAGAUGGCAAGAGCAUUGUUGUCAUCGACACUCCGGGGCUGUUUGACACAAAAAAUAUAGAUGUGAAAGUAAAAAUUGAGGAGUGUAUUAAUAAGUCAGUUCCUGGACCUCAUGCUUUUCUGCUGGUGAUCAGUCUGAAGGCAAGAUGCACAGUUGAGGAGAAGGCAGCUGUGAAGUGGAUCCAGGAUAAUUUCGGCAAAGAUGCUUCUAUGUAUACCAUAGUCCUGUUCACACAUGCUGACUUACUAGGUGAUAAAUCUGUGGACGACUUCAUAAGUGAGAGUGUACAUCUACGAAGACUGACCGAUCAGUGUGGAGGAAGAUACCAUUCGCUCAUCAAUGACCAGAGACGAAGCAGAAUGCAGGUCCAAGACCUUCUAGAGAUGAUAGAGAAAAUGGUGAAGGACAACGGAGGAAAACACUACACCAAUGAGAUGUACCAGAAAGCCCAGAAGAAACAAGAGUUUUGGGGAGGAAAUCUGAGACUCAUUCUAGUUGGAAAAACUGGAUCAGGAAAGAGUGCUUCUGGAAACACCAUCCUGGGGCGUGAAAAUGCCUUUCAAGAGGCCAUGUCACCUGAAUCUGUGACUAAAGGCUGUAAAAGAGAAGAAGUAAAAAUAGAUGGCAAGAGCAUUGUUGUCAUCGACACUCCGGGGCUUUUUGACACAAAAAAUACACAAGCAGAUGUGAAAGUAAAAAUUGAGGAGUGUAUUAAUCAGUCAGUUCCUGGACCUCAUGCUUUUCUGCUGGUGAUCAGUCUGAAGGCAAGAUUCACAGAUGAGGAGAAGGCAGCUGUGAAGUGGAUCCAGGAUAAUUUUGGCACAGAUGCUUCUAUGUAUACCAUAGUCCUGUUCACACAUGCUGACUUGCUAGAUGAUAAAUCUGUGGACGACUUCAUAAGUGAGAGUGUACAUCUACGAAGACUGACCGAUCAGUGUGGAGGAAGAUACCAUUCGCUCAUCAAUGACCAGAGACGAAGCAGAAUGCAGGUCCAAGACCUUCUAGAGAUGAUAGAGAAAAUGGUGAAGGACAACGGAGGAAAACACUACACCAAUGAGAUGUACCAGAAAGCCCAGAAGAAAUUGUCCACAGGUUCUACACACCUGAAAGACCUGAGACUCAUUCUAGUUGGAAAAACUGGAUCAGGAAAGAGUGCUUCUGGAAACACCAUCCUGGGGCGUGAAAAUGCCUUUCAAGAGGCCAUGUCACCUGAAUCUGUGACUAAAGGCUGUAAAAGAGAAGAAGUAAAAAUAGAUGGCAAGAGCAUUGUUGUCAUCGACACUCCGGGGCUGUUUGACACAAAAAAUACACAAGCAGAUGUGAAAGUAAAAAUUGAGGAGUGUAUUAAUCAGUCAGUUCCUGGACCUCAUGCUUUUCUGCUGGUGAUCAGUCUGAAGGCAAGAUUCACAGAUGAGGAGAAGGCAGCUGUGAAGUGGAUCCAGGAUAAUUUUGGCACAGAUGCUUCUAUGUAUACCAUAGUCCUGUUCACACAUGCUGACUUGCUAGAUGAUAAAUCUGUGGACGACUUCAUAAGUGAGAGUGUACAUCUACGAAGACUGACCGAUCAGUGUGGAGGAAGAUACCAUUCGCUCAUCAAUGACCAGAGACGAAGCAGAAUGCAGGUCCAAGACCUUCUAGAGAUGAUAGAGAAAAUGGUGAAGGACAACGGAGGAAAACACUACACCAAUGAGAUGUACCAGAAAGCCCAGAAGAAACAAGAGGAGGAGCUGAAAAAGAAGAAGGAGGAGGAGGAACGAAUGAGGAAGGAAGAGGAAGAAAGGGUCAGAGAGGAGGAGAGAAGAAUCGCUUGGUGUAAAAAAAUGGCUCUCGCUUCCGUGGGACUUUUUGCUGAGAGAACACUAAAGAUUAAACCAGAGAUGUUGCGAGGAAGAAGUUGGACCCCAGCUUGCAUCCUGCUUGUGGUGAUCACAUUAUGCAGCCUAACUGCUCACUGCCAAAAUCAACGCAAAGGUUCUACACACCUGAAAGACCUGAGACUCAUUCUAGUUGGAAAAACUGGAUCAGGAAAGAGUGCUUCUGGAAACACCAUCCUGGGGCGUGAAAAUGCCUUUCAAGAGGCCAUGUCACCUGAGUCUGUGACUAAAGGCUGUAAAAGAGAAGAAGUCAAAAUAGAUGGCAAGAGCAUUGUUGUCAUCGACACUCCGGGGCUGUUUGACACAAAAAAUACACAAGCAGAUGUGAAAGUAAAAAUUGAGGAGUGUAUUAAUCAGUCAGUUCCUGGACCUCAUGCUUUUCUGCUGGUGAUCAGUCUGAAGGCAAGAUUCACAGAUGAGGAGAAGGCAGCUGUGAAGUGGAUCCAGGAUAAUUUUGGCACAGAUGCUUCUAUGUAUACCAUAGUCCUGUUCACACAUGCUGACUUGCUAGAUGAUAAAUCUGUGGACGACUUCAUAAGUGAGAGUGUACAUCUACGAAGACUGACCCAUCAGUGUGGAGGAAGAUACCAUUCGCUCAUCAAUGACCAGAGACGAAGCAGAAUGCAGGUCCAAGACCUUCUAGAGAUGAUAGAGAAAAUGGUGAAGGACAACGGAGGAAAACACUACACCAAUGAGAUGUACCAGAAAGCCCAGAAGAAACUUGAGGAGGAGCUGAAAAAGAAGAAGGAGGAGGAGGAACGAAUGAGGAAGGAAGAGGAAGAAAGGGUCAGAGAGGAGGAGAGAAGAAACGCUUGGUGUAAAAUGAUGAUUCUUGGUUCCUUGGGAGCUAUUGGCGUAGGAGCAUAUUUCCCCGCAUAUGCUCUCAUGACAGCAGGUGCAGGUCUUGGACUCACUGAAGGUUUUAAAUGUACUAUGGAAAUGUUUAUGUAGCUGUGUUACCUGUGACUAAAAGAAAAUAUGGAGGCAAUAAAUAAUAAUAAUAAUGCAAUUAAAGAGCGCUUUUCAAGGUACUCAAAGACACUUAAUUAAUGCCUUAACCUUAAAUAAGUAAUUGCUGGCUUACAGUAGCCCCCACUAUGACGUCUGUUAAUAAAUUUUGAAUUGAAAAUCAGUGUACAUGCUUUUUUAGUUAUUGGGAAUUAGGAAUGUGCUACAUGCAUAUGUUUCUAUAUAUGUGUAAUCAUGUGGGCUGAAAACAUUUUACAAUAAAGUGUGAAGUUCA